AUGACUGGCAGGGGAGGGAAGCGAGGCCUGGAGUGCGGGGCCAAGAGAAAUGAAGACCCGAAAGGCCCAGAAAGCCAGGGGCAACCUCCCGGAGGCGAGGUGAAAGCCCGGCCGGCCCUCGGCUGGGCCAUGGCUGCCAUCCUGAUGCUGCAGACGCUGGCCAUGGCGAACCACUCCCCACGGACCCUGCGCAGCCAGGCCACGGUGUUCGCGGACCUGAGCACAGAGGAGCUGAAGGCCGUGCGCAGCUUCCUCUGGUCCCGGAAGGACCUGAGGCUGGAGCCCUCCCGAGGAUCAACCAUCGCCAAGAACACCGUGUUCCUCAUUGAGAUGCUGCUGCCCAGGAAGCAGCAGGUGCUGAAAUUUCUGGACCACGGUCAGAGGCGGCCUGUUCGGGAGGCGCGUGCCGUCAUCUUCUUCGGAGCCCAGGAUCAUCCCAACAUCACUGAGUUUGCCGUGGGGCCCCUGCCAUGGCCCCACUACCUGCGCCCGCUGCCCCCCAGGCCUGGGCACCAGGUGUCCUGGAACUCCAGGCCCAUCUCCUCGGCGGAGUAUGUCCUACUGAGCCACACCCUGCAGGAGGCCACCAGGCCCUUGCACCAAUUUUUCCUGGACACCACGGGCUUCUCCUUCCAAGACUGCCACACCCGAUGCCUGACUUUCACGGACGUGGCCCCUCGGGGCUUGGCCUCGGGCGAGCGCCGCACCUGGUUCAUCUUGGAGCGCUUUGUGGAAGGCUUCUUCUUGCACCCCACAGGCCUGGAGCUCCUCCUGGACCACAGCAGCAUGAACGCCCAGGACUGGGCGGUGGAGCAGGUCUGGUACAACGGGAAGUUCUACCGAAGCCCAGAAGAGCUGGCCCGGAAGUACGAUGCUGGAGAGGUGGACGUGGUGGUGCUGGAGGACCCGAUCCCCGAGGGCAAGGGGGCCAAAGGCACGGAGGAGCCGCCCCUCUUCUCGUCCUACAAGCCACGCGGGCACUUCCCCAGCCCCAUGACCGUGAAGGGCCCACACCUGGUCCAGCCCCAAGGCCCCCGCUACAGGCUGGAGGGCAACGCCGUGCUCUACGGGGGCUGGAGCUUCGCCUUCAGACUGCGGUCCUCCACGGGGCUACAGGUGCUGAACGUGCAUUUCGGUGGGGAGCGCAUUGCCUACGAGGUGAGCGUCCAGGAGGCAGUGGCGCUGUAUGGAGGCCACACACCUGCGGGCAUGCAGACCAAGUACAUCGACGUGGGCUGGGGUUUGGGCACCGUCACCCAUGAGUUGGCCCCUGGCAUCGACUGCCCAGGCACCAAGAAUAGCUUCCAGACGCUGGGCAUGAAGCUAGAAAACAUCACCAACCCCUGGAGCCCGGAGCACCGGCUGGUCCAGCCAACCCUAAAGCAGACGGGGUACUCCCGCGAGCGCCAGGCGGCCUUCCGCUUCGGACAGAAUCUGCCCAAGUACCUGCUCUUCACCAGCCCCAAGGAGAACCGCUGGGGCCACCAGCGCAGCUACCGGCUGCAAAUCCACUCCAUGGCUGAGCAGGUGAUGCCGCCCGGCUGGCAGGAGGAGCGGGCUGUCACCUGGGCCAGGUACCCCCUGGCAGUGACCAAGUACCGGGAGUCUGAGCUGUGCAGCAGCAGCAUCUACAACCAGAACGACCCCUGGGACCCGCCUGUGGUCUUUGAGGAGUUUCUUCGAAACAAUGAGAACAUUGAAGAAGAGGACUUGGUGGCCUGGGUGACAGUGGGCUUCCUGCACAUCCCCCACUCAGAGGACAUCCCCAACAUGGCCACCCCCGGGAACUCUGUGGGCUUCCUGCUCCGGCCCUUCAACUUCUUCCCCGAGGACCCAUCCAUGGCAUCCAGGGACACCGUGAUCGUGUGGCCCCGGGACAAAGGCCCCAACUACGUGCAGCGAUGGAUACCUGAGGAGGGCGGGGACUGCUGGAAGCCUACCCCCUUUAGCUACAAUGGGACUUACAGGCCCGUGUGAAGGGCCACUGCCCCCAGCUAACUCCUCACUAGAACCCCGAUUCCCCCACCCCACCCAGGAAUGGAUAAUAAACCCUCCAGG